AUGACUUCGAGAUCUGCCGGCGAUUUGCCAAAAAUCGUGGCCAUGUUUGAAAGCUUGCCGUCCAACAUCCUGGACAGCUUCUCAACACAAGGUCGGAUCAAUCUCGUCUAUGCUCCUCAUGGCCUUUCAUUUCCCGAGCUUAACGAAUGGUUUCUGAAGGAGCUCGCUGGAGCUCACGCGGCGAUCGUAUGGCCAGUUGCCGGACGAUUCGGUCCAGAGCAGAUUGCGGCUGCAGGGAAACAGUUGAAAGUUGUGGCUACGUACAGCGUCGGUACCGAUGCUGUUGACAAGGAUGCUUGUCGUCAAGCAGGAAUCAAGGUCGGUUACACGCCCUACAUCGGGGACAAUUCAGUAGCAGAGUAUACCAUAGCUAUGCUUUUGCAUUAUUGUCGAAGACUUGCUCCGUUGCAAGAAGUUGUGAUGACGAAUCGCUUUCCACAGGCAAUGAGCGAUGUCGUUCGGGAUCCAACGCUCGACUGUGGCUUCAGUCCGGCUGGCAAGACAGUGUGCUUCUACGGUUUUGGCCGGAUAGCCCAGAAGACAGCGGAAAAGCUUCUUGCAUUCGGUGUCUCUCGGAUACUCUAUACUACCUCUCGAUCCAAUCCUUUCUCUCCUCAGAGCUUUCCCAGGUUGCAUGCUUUGCGAGAAGCCUUCUACCCAGACACAACCAUCGAGAACCUACCAGACCUCCUCGAACUCGCAGCACAAGCAGACAUAGUCAUCGUCCUUUGUCCAGGCAACGCUUCCACCAACGCAACCAUCAACUCAACAGUCUUUUCAAAGAUGAAACCCACCUCGGUACUUUUGAACGUGGCUAGAGGUACCGUUGUUGUCAACGAUGAUCUUGAGAAGGCACUCAGAUCCAACCAGAUUUCAGCUGCAUUGCUCGAUGUGGUGCAAGGCGAACCGCACAUCAAUGCAGAACAUCCUCUGCUGGCUCCAGAUCUCAGACAUCGAGUUAUGAUACUUCCACAUGCAGCUUCGAGUAUAGUCGAGACGAGGACCUUGAUGUGCGAAGUGACUGCGCGUAACAUUCUUACGACGCUUGGGUUUGAGGAUGGGUUACUGGGAGAUAAGGAAGCUCUGGUUGAACAGCAAGCUUGGACACACUUUGCGGAAUGA